CAUGGGGAUUCACUCAACUCCCCACAGUCAGGGGACGCGCUCUGAUUCUGUCCUUGGAAACAAGUAACCUAGACCGAUGCUCGAGUGUGCCGCACCCUGGCCGAAGUGACCCCGUGCCAUGCACUGGACGCGCUGGAUCUGGGUGCUCGCCUUUCUGGUGCCUGAGGUGCUCCUGAAGGCUCGAAGCCACCAGCAGGCGCUGGAAGGCUCGCUGGAACUGCAGCUGCCGCAGCAGCACCUGAGGAUCGAAUGGGGGUACCACCUGAACCAGGGCUCAGCUGUGGGCUUUUGGUUCCCCUCGGUGCAGAGGGCCUUAGGCCCGCACGGCUCCACGCUGAUGAUUUGCCUCGGGGUCCUUUUCAGCGCCUUCUUCGUGCUGUGGGCGCAGCACCGGGUGGCCAGCACGUGUGGUCACUGGGGCUUGCUGUUCCUGGUGGCCGGCGGAGCCGGCAAUUUGGUCGACCGGCUCAGUGUGGGCGGCGUUAUUGAUUAUUGGCUGCUGCAGCUGCAGGGCGUGAUCAACACGUCCUUUUACUGGAAUCUUUCGGAUUUGUACAUUGACAUCGCCAUCUUUCUGCUGCUGCUUGCAGUUGCGAGAGGCGACCUGGACGACUCAGACACCACGGACUCGGGUGACUCAAACGAGUUGCAAGGCGAGAAGAAGCAGCAGUGAGUUGCUGAAUCCGCGACAUGGCGAGCCGAAGAGCCGAACGCCCUCGCUCCAUUCGCGAAAGUCCAGUGAGAAACCCGGGAAAGAGGAGCCGACAAGCCAUCAGAGGUUAGAAGGGCGCAAUGGGAGCGCGCA